AUGAACACAACGGGCCCGUUGUCGCCGACAAUGGAUCCCGAGAAACAACCUCGUUCUCCAGAACGCCCGGCAUUUUUUGUUCGGUCAAAGAAACGAAUAACGAUUCGUAACUUGUUGAGCCUUUCAUGCUUUCUGAUCACUGUCUAUGGGCUCCAAUAUAUCGCCAUCCACUCAACCUCUGAGUCAGUCGUCCUUUAUCAGGAAGGCUGCAGCAGACCGAUAGCCAAGGCAUUGCCCACUAAAGUGAAGGAAGAAUUGUUCUCCUCCGUUCCUAAUACCGAGAACGCAACUGCUAUUGCGAAACAAUAUUCCAAACAUCCUCAUCUUGCCGGCUCGCUAGAAGAUUAUCACGAUGCGCUGUCAAUCCUCGAAUUCAUACAGACGGAACUCAGUAUAAUUAAACCUCACUCCCUCGAACAACCGAUUUACAACGCCGGUACUCCGAAAUCCCGCGCAAAGACCAUUGGUCUAACCUCUCGGCUUGGUCCUCGAAACCCAACAGCGUGGAUUGACGUGUACUAUCCUUAUCUCAAUACACCGCUGGAUCGUUCGUUAGAUAUCCUCGAUGGGACUGGGAGUUCAAUCUGGAGCGCAGACCUGAGAGAGGAUGGAAACGCCGGUGACGAAGAUGCCGCCAAGUACAGAGAUUAUAUCCCUCCAUGGCAUGGGUUGAGUGCACACGGCGAGGGGCAGGGACAGCUUGUCUAUGUCAACUAUGGCGCGUACGAGGAUUAUGAAGAAGUCAUUGCCUCAGGGCAGAACCUCACUGGAAAGGUUGUGAUCGCACGGUACGGCGGACUCUUCCGUGGUCUCAAGAUUCAACGCGCUGAGGAGCUCGGCGCAGCCGCCAUCCUUAUCUAUUCCGAUCCUCGAGACGAUGGCUUCGUUACUGUCGAGAACAAUUAUGUUCCUUAUCCCAAUGGGCCUGCACGUAAUCCAACAUCCGUCCAACGUGGCUCUGCAAUGUAUCUCUCUUCGUAUCCCGGAGAUCCAACAACACCUGGCAAGCCUGCCUACGACAAGGCAAAGAGAGAAGAAGCCAAGAAUAUACCACGUAUACCAUCUCUUCCAAUAUCUUGGGCAAAUGCAGAGAGGCUGCUCAAGGAGAUUGGAGAUGUUUAUACAGAGGUAGGGCAAAAUGGGUAUCGGAAGCUUAGCGGGAAAGCUAGCGAAAAAGAAGUCAAAGUCGUUAAUCAUGUCGAUGGCAAGAUUACACCCAUUUGGAACACCAUGGCUGCUAUACCAGGGCAUGUGAGGGAUGAAGUAGUGAUUGUUGGAUGCCAUCGUGAUGCUUGGGUCCUUGGCGCUGCUGACCCUGUGUCUGGCACUGUUGCCUUACUCGAAAUUGUUCGUGGUCUUGGAACCUUGCUUCGCAGUGGUUGGAAACCCUUGCGGACGAUAUUGAUAGCUAGUUGGGAUGCAGAGGAAUAUGGUUUGAUUGGUUCUACCGAAUAUGGUGAAGAUUUUGCCGAAUGGAUAUCUGAACACGCUGUAGCGUACCUGAACGUUGAUGUAUCCUCCGCCGGAUCCAGAUGGGAUGCUGUAGCCUCACCUUCUCUUGCACACCUUAUCAGACAAACAGCAAUGGAUGUGCCGCAUCCUAGCGAGGAAGGCAAGACUUUGUGGGACGCAAAAGAAGAUGAAGGCCCGUUCAAGCCGUUUGGGCCAGUAGGCCCGGAUGGAGAGUUCGGCCUCGUAGUGCUCAAUAACGGUGAUAGUGAUGUCCAAGGUGUCAACACUACCAUCUCUUCCCAUAGGAUCCUCGAGAUCGGUAAUAUCCAUGCCGAUGCAGACGUUAUGGAAGCCUACGAAGCUACUAGGAACAUACGUUUAGGUAAAACAGAGGGUAAAGAUGGUACAGCUGUAGGCCCAAUGGGAAGCGGGAGUGAUUUUACGGUCUUCCUGCAGCGAUUAGGGAUUGCUAGUUCCGACCAAGGCUUCGCCGGCACUCCUUAUGAUGCACCGUAUCAUUAUCACUCAAUUUAUGACAGUUUUCAGUGGCAAGAGGUCUAUGCUGAUCCUGGUUUCAAGAAACAUGUCGCGAUAGCUCAGCAUUUAGGGUUGCUCGUUUUGCGUUUGACGGAUUCAAUCGUCGUUCCGCUGAACACCACCCAGUAUGCUCUUGAAUUGGACGGUUAUCUGGAUAGAGUCGAGUCUCUUCUUCCCUCCCUCGAAGCCGAGGGGGAAAUUUUGACUGUUCAGACCGCAUUUUCUACUCUUCGGCAAUACAUUGCACAGCUCCAAGACAUCAGUAUUCUCCUCGAUAUUGAAAAACAAGAGGCAGAGAAACAUUUCAAAGAGCUUUUAGACCAGAUGCCAUCCUUCCCAAGCUCAACAUUCAUAGUUACGACCGGUGGAGCCCGACGCACGUUCGUGUACCGAUUCAAAGAAUGGGUCAAGCGUCUUUUUGGCGUUCAAUGCCCCCGGGACACAUUCUUGGUGGAUUCUUGGGAAGAUUUACUUUCCAGAUAUGACUCAGACGAACAAGACGACGAGGCUCUUGCGGGAUGGUUGGAACAUCGACUUGCUACUUCACAUAAUUAUGAACUGCCGGAACUCCCUGACAUUCCCGACAUUCCUAAACCACCUACGCCUCCUGACAUUCCUGGCAUUCCUGACAUUCCUGAUGUCCCUGAUAUUCCCGAUAUUCCCGACAUUCCCGACAUUCCAAGCAUACCUUCACUUUCGCUUCCUUCGCUACCUUUGCCUACAUCCACCCUUAUCCUACGUUCCCCACCGAAGCUUCCCUUGCCUCCCCUUAUUCUAGAAUUUAUCCGCGCUGCAAAGCGAGUCUCGCGUGCGAACCGCAAACUUUUCCUGUUCGAGCGUGGGUUCAUUGAUGAAGGUGGAAUUAAAGAUCGAGAGUGGUAUCGCCAUUUGGGUGUGGCGCCUGGAAAGUGGCUGGGAUAUGGCGCGACCACAUUCCCCGCACUCACAGAGGCUAUCACAAUCGACAAGAACCUGACUGCAGCUAUUUUCGAGAGUGGACGACUGGUGAAGUUGUUGGAACAAAUGAUUGAGAGUUUGAGGGUCUAA